UAUCCACCAUAGUCUGUGUGCGCACGCGCGUGUAAGUGUGUGUAUGUGUUACACACUCGCUCGGCAGCUAGUGAAUUAAUCCCGAAGUUGAAGUUUGGAGUAAUUUUACACCACCAUCAUCCUCUUCCUCCUCAAUCCCAGUCGGAGUUCCAGUUGAAGAGUGCGUGGACGCUAGGCUGGCUCUUCCUGGGGUGUAAGGCACUGAGCGCCUGUCAGCAUGGACGCCCAACUACAAGGCCAGCAGCCACCAAUAGCAGUGUUCCAAGCACAGAAGCCACUCCAGCCAGAGAUGGGCUACAACAGCUUAGCCAAUUAUUACAUUGAGAAGAAGAUCGGACGAGGGCAGUUUAGCGAGGUCUACCGGGCGAAAUACUUGAUAGACAACACUCCAGUAGCUUUGAAAAAAGUUCAGAUAUUCGAUCUGAUGGAUGCCAAAGCCCGGCAAGAUUGCAUCAAAGAGAUAGAUCUCCUGAAGCAACUCAACCACCCCAACGUAAUUAAAUAUCACGCAUCAUUCAUCGAGGAGAACGAGCUAAAUAUAGUGCUGGAGUUGGCGGACGCCGGGGACCUCUCACGUAUGAUAAAGCAUUUCAAGAAACAGAGGAGGCUGAUCCCUGAAAAGACUGUAUGGAAGUACUUUGUUCAGCUGUGCAGCGCACUGGAGCACAUGCACUCCCGGCGUGUAAUGCACAGAGAUAUCAAACCGGCCAACGUCUUCAUCACCGCUACCGGAGUGGUGAAACUAGGCGACCUGGGCUUGGGCCGCUUCUUCAGCUCCAAAACCACCGCCGCACACUCUCUAGUGGGCACCCCUUAUUACAUGUCUCCCGAGAGGAUACACGAAAACGGAUAUAACUUCAAAUCUGACAUCUGGUCGCUAGGCUGCCUGCUGUACGAGAUGGCUGCUCUUCAGAGUCCAUUCUAUGGGGACAAGAUGAACCUGUACUCACUGUGUAAAAAGAUUGAGCAGUGCGACUACCCACCUCUCCCAUCUGAUCACUACUCGGAAGAGCUGAGAAAGCUGGUAGAUAUGUGCAUCAAUCCGGAUCCGGAGAAGCGGCCUGACAUCGCCUACGUGUACGAAAUCGCCAAGCACAUGCACGCUCUGACUCUGGCCAACUGAAUCCAUCCUUCGUCUGCUUCUCCUGUCUAUAGCCCACUCCUGGAUGAUGUUUGCCAGCUAUAUUGUGUGGUUUUGUCGUUUUCCCCCCUCCCCCAUUUUUUUUUUUUUUUUUUUUUUUUUGAAAUCUACUAUGGCUCCAUGGUUCAUGUUACAAUCAUACGCUUCUUUACUACGAGAAGCUCCAAUCCAAACUUGUGCAGGGUCGCUUGAACAAGUCAGCACAUAAUCAUCAACUGUUAAUUCUACUUCUGUGUGGUGUGCAAUGCUACUUACUACCUACACACACACACACACACACACACACACACACACGCUUGUCCAUGCACAACUUACAACCAAAGAUUAGAUGACCGUAUACAAUGUAGAGCUUAUACUUUAGAAAUUGCACAAAAAUGUUAUGUUAUAAACGUUUUGUCGUCCCCCCCUCGCCCCUCCCCUUCUUCUGAACAGAAUUUGUAUUGCACACAAAGGAAUACUAAAACCUUAAAGUGUCUCGCUGUGUUUUUGGAUAUCGGUACAGAUGCUGAAACAUCCCUGAUUGUUGAAUGUAAAUGGUUCUUUUUUUGUUUUUGUUUUUUUGUUUUAUUUUUUCUUUCCAUAUGAAAUGAAACUAUGUGUCCCGUGACACUCCUUCAGAAACCCUAUAAAAAGACUGCAAGUUUCCCUCGGUAUCUAUAAAAAAAUAUAUAAUAAUCUCUCUUUCCACUGAAAACGCUUCCCCGAUCGAGUUGCGUAAAUCGUAUUUUUGUAGUUCUAUUACAAGAGAAUGAAGUCAUCACGUACGCGUUUGCAGGUUGCAUGCGCUCCGUAACGAAUCCAGUGCCUUUAGCAUGUUUUUAAAAAAAAGGAAUCUUUCUUUCAUAUUUUUUUUUUUUUUUAAAUAUAUAUAAAGAAACACGGGAACAAACUAGGUGUCAUUUUAUAGCAUACUUCCCAAAGACUGGCUAUUUUUAAAACACUUUCUUUUCCCUGCCUGAAUCCCCCCCAAAUACAUGUUUUAUCACUUUGAUUUAAAAAAAAAAAAAAAAAAAAAAAAAAAAUUCAAUAAACGCAAGCCUUUUUCUACUAUACACUUUUAGAAUAAAACAUCUGUCGAACUGAAGAGCUGGAACCAGAUUCGUGGAAUACUUUUUGAUGCAAUUAUGGACCAGGACUGAUGAAGGAACAGGAAUAAAAACGUCUGUCGGCUCGACAAUCUUUAUUAAUCAUAAUGCAAAUGCACUUUGCAUCCCUGUUUUUUUCUUUUUUUUUUUUUUUUUUUUAUAAACAUUUGAUACAUUGAUCUCGCAAACGUAUGACAGACAAUAACUCACGCUAAGUGCCUUUUCUCACCUACACAAAAACCCGAGCCGUGUUCAGUCUGCUUGCCCGGCAAUACCCAAUAAGGCGAAAUGUGUUUUCAGCCUAAUUAGUUGACUGUUUAGAUUUUUUUUUUUUUUUUAAGGUGUUUUAUUUUUGUUUUGACUUUUUUUUUUUUUUUUUUUUUUUUUUUUUUUUGGCAGGGGUUUUGUUUGGGCUCGUUUAUAAGCAGCAGGUUUUGUUGUGUUUUUUUCCCCCGUCUCGAAAGAUGUUCAGCUCUGUAGGAGGUACACUCGCAGAUCAGUCGACUUGCACAUCUUGCUUCGUAGAUAACUUGUCAUUCUUCCAGAACGCUCGAGCGGCCGUAUUCCGUUUCGACUGCAUCUCGUUUGUCUGUAUCGCAAACGCGUCCGAUGCACUUCUCAAGCGAGUGGCUUUCGCCCUUUCCGACUUCCAUUAUGGGUUCCACGAGCCUCCGAGUUACUUUUACCGUUAUAACCGCUUUCAUGUACCGAACCUUUCGCAUCUAAAGAAUUAUCGAUUUGCUGUGAUAGUAUCCGUGUACAAAUGUUUUCAAGAGUAGUCGAGAGCAUUUUAAGUGUUUACUUUGUUUUGUCUUUAUUAUUAUUUAGCUAUAAUCAGUUUAAAUUUUGUUGUCGUCGUCGUUGCUUUUCCUUAUAAUGUUAACACAGUAACAGUUGCCUCCCGUUGCCUCCUAGAAGCGUAUUUAUCUUGAUAUUAAACUCCGAGACAGAGGGUCAGGGUGAAGAAUCGUCACACAGAAGCGCUGCGGUGUUGUAUGUAGUGCCUUCAGCGCUGUACGAUUUCAGUCGCGGCGUUUCCUGGUGACGUGUUUACAUAUGAAGCCUCUGCAAAACUUGACGAAGACGGUGGAUCGUUUAAAGCCGGGUCAUGUUCGCUAGCGCGAUGUGAUGUGGAUAUUAUUCGUGAUGGACGUACGUUCUAAAAAAAAUUCCACUUUUUGCGAAUGUACCCGAACGUUUCGCAGAAUUUGGCGCCGCCGAGCAUUCUUUGCUUACACCCAAGAAACGUUUUUUUUUUUUUUGUUUGUUUGUUUGUUUGUUUUUUGAGGGAGGGGUUUGGGGGAUGGGCUAGAAAACCCACCUGUUAUUUAUUUAUCUUCCUCUCUCUCUUUUUUUUUUUGUUUUGUUUUGUUCUUGGUGUCUAACUCAAGAUUAAUACUUUCCAUGUUAACUGAAAGCGAAAUAAAAAUGGAACUUCUUUUA